CCUUGGAUUUAAAUUAUUGUUUGACAAUGUCAAUUCAUCGAGAGGAUCCUUCCAAAAAAUCAGACAAAAAUCCAUUCUCAGUGGACUGGAUUAAUUCCUGUUAUCAACAGACGUUACUUCCAGAUGCACCAUGGCAUGCGAUGGAGGCCAAGAUUGCACAAUCUCUGGCCAGUAAGGUGGAGAAACAGUUCAGUAAACCCGAGAGAAAGGAGGCCCUGAUUCAGACCCUGGGGGAGGUGUUUGUAGAAAAGUACCUCCCCAAGGCCACAUGGAACCCUCAGAUACUGGAACCUCCCAAUAUGACUGCCAUGGAGAAACAGAAGAUACUGAAGGAGGCACAGGCCUACCUCAACAGCCAAGUGUAUAAGUGUGUCAAGGAGAAAGGCUACAGUGUCAUGUUAGGCAAAAAUCUCAACACAAGCACUACUCAGCCCAAUGAGUACGAGCAGUUUCUACAGCAUACAUACAACAUCUUUCUCAGAGGUUUGGAGAGGGAAGAGUAUAAACAGGAAAAUGAUCUCAAAAAACAAAAAGAAGAUGAGAUAAAGCUAGAGAACAAACUGAACAGAAUGUUAAAGAUUCCAGCCCCAAGCCGCGUCAAACCGACAACAGCUGUGUCAUCGGUAUCCUCCGGCUCUACAGAUAAACCAAACUCAGCCACAAUACGAGCUGGUAAAAAUAGUGGCAUGAUUCAUAAAGUUGAGGGGGAUCCCCCGCCCCUGUGGGGGCCUCAGAGUGAUCUGAUUGGUCGAGCUGUACAAGCCAUUCUUCAGAGGGACCCUAGAAAGUACGAUUACGUGGCUGGGAAGAUGCAUGGUCGUCAGUUACCUGGCUCAUUAAGGACAUUCAUGUGGUCAGAUGAACUCUUCAGAGAGGAGAGGAAGAAAAUGCCUGAAGCGAAUUUGGAGAAAAUUAUUCGAGAGAGAUUUGGAAAAGCAGUCAGUAGAGGCAUUCAGGAAUUAAGAAUCACAAGAGCCACAAACUCACCAAUAGCAGGCUUGAUUGAAACAGCAGUCAUUGAGACCUACAAUAAGACGACCAGUAUGGUAGCCUUUAAGUCCACAGACCACAUGAGGGAGGCGUCGCGCGUGCUGAACAUUCUGUAUGUUUAUGACAGAAGCUAUGAGCCCUACCUCAUCCACUGGUUGUUUCCACUCCAGAUAGCGUUCCAAGCUCCAUCAGAAAAAACCACAGAGAAAGGGGAACAUGUGUAUGAGUUGGCAAUGUACCUUGACCUUUUGAACUCUAGCUGUUUUCCCACCUGGCCACAAGUAUUUGCCAUUGCUGAGCAGGUUAUGAUGACCUUGAGCUUGUCUGACCCUGACCUUUACACUCACUUGAAAUCCAUUGCCAAGACAAAUAUGAAGGUCAAUAAAAAGGAGUUUCUGAUGCAUCUGAUAAGUUCGGAGAAGGCCAAAGCCGAGGAACUACUGAAGGCCACCCCUGGGAGUAAGAGGGAGGAGUACAUGUCAAAUGAACUGUUGGCUGACCCCCUCGUCUUCAUCAGGAGAUGGAUUGGAGAGGGUUUUGUGAGUGUGCUGGACACCCCUGCUGUGAUGUACAUCUGGGACCAAUGCUUCAUGCAGGGCUGGCAGCCCAGUGUUCUGAAACACUUCAGUCUAGCCCUGCUGGAACUACUCAGGGAAAAGUUCAUGAAUGCUCGAGAUUAUAUGCAAAUGAAGGAGGUUUUCCUAAGAGAAGCUUGUAAACUGUAUACGGUGGACGUCCAGAUGGCCUGGAUUCAUCUGGAAAAUGGGAAGGAUAUCCUGGAAAUUCCCUACCUCAACAGACAAAGGCCAGGUACACCUGGAUCAAGGCUGGGACAGGUACAAAGUGCCCCGCCCACCCCUGGUAUCCCAGGAUUCCUCAACCCCUGUGGGCUUAAAGACAUCAUACUUAGACUUAUCAUUCCUUCUGAGGUGGUUGAAAGGGAACAGUGGUUGGCUAAUGUAGAUGCUGAAGGUCUGCAGAUCCACACCCAUGCCUACUUUGGAAGUGUUAAGCUCCGAUCUCGUCUCUCUAUGGGGAAAGCUGUCACAACAUCCAUAACAAAGGACAACUAUGGAAAUACUAUAUAUGAGGUUCAUUUUUAUGAGGACAAGUUUGUAUUUGACAGUUUGGACAUUUCAGAACUGGAUGUUGAGAGGGAGUUAGGUGCUUUUCCUUACGCUAUUGUUCGUGUGGAGUACAGGAAGCCAGGCCCAGAGGCAUUAAGAACCAGUGUACCGCUUGGCUGGGCCAGAAUCCCUUUGUUCCAGCGUGCGUCCCGUGGGGGCAGGUCCUCAGUCGACUCUCUGGCUAAUGUGGAGUGGUCUCUACAGGACGGGGACUUUGUGUUCACGCUCCACCCCGGGGCACUCCCCCAGAAUCUGAUCUCGUCAGAUACAGCCUCCCCUGUACCAGAACAACAGGAAGACACUGUCCUUGGAUAUAACUCAGAGGUGGUGGUUAUUGUGUAUGAUCCUCGCAAUGAGCCUGAGGGUAGGGCCAGACCUAAGGGGGUGACUCCUAUCCCCACACUACCUGCCGGGUCCACCAAUCAGGUACCACCACUGGCUACCCACUCCCCACGACACAGUCCAGUCCGAAAACCUAGUCCCAAACCCAAGCCUGCUCCUAGAAGGACCCCUGUUGUUAAGACCCCUAAACCCCAGGAUAGUGAGGAGCCAUGGGUCGAGCCUAACUCCACCACCAUGGCUAGUAACCCCAUGCCCACAGGUUUGUCAGAGGCAUUUGACUUCUACAUUGACAGUGUUCGCUUCAUUCCUGAUAACUCCUCAAUGAUUAAGGUGACAGGGCUGAUUAAGACGGCUAAUGACGCCAAACUUCUCCUGGCCCUACCCCUCCUGAACAGUCCGGCCCGAUGUCCCAUGUUUGACUUUAAACUGACCGUUAAUGACCAGAAGAAGAAGAUGGACCCGGACAUGGUCAUCUUUCUGAGGGUUUACACUGAGGACGUGCUCACGGACAAAAUCUCCGUCAUUGGCAGCUGUUUUGUUCCAGUGUUCAAGGAUGGCAAGUUAAAUGUAGGUGGUACACAGCUGAGAUUGAGGAAUGGGGUCCCUCCCACUAAAGCCAAGAAUCUGGUUAAUGACCUAGAUUCCUUCCCGGCUGUCCCAGCCUGCUCCAUCCUAAUCAGACUUCUGCCAGCACAACAGGGAGUAGUCCCAAUGCCACCCUAUUCCUCUGGUUAUUACUUUUCGGAGCCAGCCCGCCCCACAGUAUCAGAACAGAGGGUGUUCAGCAGCUACAAGGAACAUUUUAACUAUCCCAAAUCAGUCAGGGAGAUGAUUCAGAGAAUACAACAGUCUAAUGAGGUGGCAGUCGAUGAAGAAGACGAUGCGUUACUACAAUGGCUUCAGGAUCAGCUGGAUGUUAAAAAACAGGGAGCUAAAGCGGUGGCUGACAACCUUCCUCUGGCUCAGUCUGUCAGGUACAGGGUCAAAAUGGGGCUCAAUGCCAGAGUGGUCCAGGCCUAUGGACUACCAGAUGGCUACUACGUCCACUGCUUUGUUCGGGUCUCCCCGGGAGAGAAGGUGCUAGAUAUGGAGGAGACUCCAGAGGGGUACGGAAAGGAAGAAAAGUUUGUCACACUGAAGCAUGAUUAUGACAGCUUCCAAAUUGCUCCUAAAUUUCUUGAUGACCACAAACUGUUACACCCUUUCUAUGACAAUUACUCCUGCCUGAUUAUUCAGUUGUUUGGUUUGGACCUGAUUUACCGGAUGAAACCAGAACAUGAUGUACCAGGAACCCUCCACUCCAUAAAGAACGGGGACCUGGUUCUGGGGGAUGAACAGAUCCUGGCCUGGGGGGUAGUGCCCAUGUUUGAGGGAAACUGUGUAGCCUCGGGAACACAUGAGGUUCCCCUGUUCAAAGGAAAGCCACCGGUAGGAAUUGUACAGGAGUUCACUCAAAGGAAUGCCAAAAAUGUAAUUCAAUCAUGGAAGUGGGAGAAAACCCAGAAAAUGCCCAAUGCCAGCUUGACUGUCUCACUGUGGGAUGGUCAUUUUGAACAAGAUGAAUUACCUGUAAACCCUACCUUUAAGUACCUGUUAGAAGCUGCGGGGACUCAGUCCACAUACCUUCAGGGGAGGAAACCACCACCAAAGAAUGCCAAGAAAAUCUCCAACUUUGUGGUGGAUAAUUUGGAGCAGAAAUACAAGAAACUGGGGACCAACAGUUCAGUGUAUGCCACAGAACAGAAGUUCUUUGAUGACCUCAUCACAAAAACCUUCUACAAUCUUGUGGAGGAUGCUUUGAUGAAUGCUGGAUAUGGCCCACUUUAGAACUAAAGGUUGGCAUACAAUUCUGGCUUACACUGGCAUUACAUAGCUAGAAAGAAAAAAACCCAUUAACAGCUUUAUUGAACGGUGUUCAAGCACCUGCAUUUUGACCAUUAUUUGGAGAGAUGCCUGUUGAUCACAGACUGGAAUACUGCAGUGUUGGUCACUUCCUGUUUUCAUUGUGAGAAGUAAAAAGUUAGAUCAAAUAGAAAACAUACAUUGAAUUAACAAAGAAAUAAAAAUUAAAAGGUAGGCUGAUUUUAAAUUAAUGACAUGUACAUACACCCAAUACAAAUAUAGAUUUUUUAAUGGAAAUAAAGAUUGGUCAUUUGAAAUUUUUAAAAAAUGAUUAUGUUUAAGAUAUGUGUUUCAUUUUUUGAUAAAAUUCUCUUGUAAGAUGAAACAUAUAAAUGCCAAUUUAAUGAUGUGAAUAAUAUUGUUUUAGAAAUGAUUGGAGUGAUAAAUUUGAUUAUAUGGUUUUAGAAAUAGAUACAUGUAAAAUUCUUCAUGUACAUUUAAUUGUACAUUAGAGUAUGGAACUGUAUGUAUGGAAGGUUAGGAUCUGUGUAUGCUAGAUUAACCUAAGAAACUUUCCUAUUUGUAUCUGUAUUGUCAUGACUGGUGCAAUUACAUGUAUGUGUAUUUUUAUUUUUAGUUCACAUAUACUGGUUGUGAGUAGUUUUUUUUAUUAAUAAAAGGAAGUUAAAUGAAAAAAUGAUCACCUAUAUAUAUUGAUUUUAUUGGAUUUGAUUUCAUUUUAUUGACAUGGAAGUCAAGUGAAGAGCAUUUAACAAG